AUGGCACAAAACAACGUUCUCGUGCUAGGAGCACCACACAGUGGAAAAUUGAGAGCCUCAGCGAUAAUAGGGGCCGGUUUUUCAGGUGAUGGCGACUUUAGCGGUUCCCAUUCAGGACUUAUCUUCAAAAUAAAGAGACAAACAAAGUAUUUUAAGCAUGAUUUGAGCAUAAUGGUGGACGAGUAUCCCGAAAAAAGAACCAUAACUCCAAGCUGGGAGCAUUUAAAUGCCUGGAGCGACGAAUUUAUGAGCGAAGACAUGGAAGAACUACGCCGUGCACUAGAUGGUAUUGUGUUCUGCUUGAAUUUAGAUGACAAAGCCACUAUGAAAGACUUGGAGCCGACUAUAGGGGUCCUUGAGAAAAUCUAUGAGCUGCUUGGAGGCGCCGAAUGGGCGGGAUUUUUUGCGAUAGUUGGAGUUUCGAGCAGCGAGGACAACGAAAACCAUGCAAUUGUAGAAGAUGCUGCUACGAUUCGGGGAUUUGAGUAUAUAAAUUUGGAAGAGGAAGGCCAGAAUGAGUUCCGUGACAAGUUGGGGAUAGAUAGGUUAGUGGAGUUGUUCGAUACCCACGACUGGUCUGACAUUGAAACCAGCGAAGACGACGGUUUUGCAGCUAGAAAACGGAAAAUGGCCGAGUCCAUGUGCCAGCGUUUAUUAGACGACGAUGAGAAGGAUAUGAGUUCUGAAAAUGGCGUCAAUGAUGUCAAUGUUGAGGAAUUUGAAAAUGUGAUAGAGAAACUCAAGCAGGCACGAAUAAAGGCUGAGAGUAUGGAGGGUGCUGAAAGGAAUGAGUACGCACAGCAGGUCAUGGAGGAUGUUCUUCUGUACUUGUAG